AUGUAUCCACAUGAGAAAAAGAGCUCCCCAAACUACUCAAAGUCUGAGCUUCAGUUUUUGGAAAUGGGCAAUCGUGAGAAGUUAAUCCCAGCCGUUGAGUUUUCGUUGAACAGUAUUCCUGGUCGUCUUUCGCUUUUGACAAAUGACGAUGUUGACGAGCACUUUGAGGCUAAAAUGGCCAGCAUUAAGCAGCUUUUUGCCAAAUGCAAGACAGCUCUUGUUUUACUUCAUAAGGCAGAGCUUGACAUUGAAAUUAGUAAUACUCAGAAGCUGGAGGAAAAUAACCAGUCAAACUUCUCGCAGAACGAAGAGAAUCUUUCUGAGGAACAGGCCAAAGACCGUCAAGAACAACAUCUUAAGCUUUGUCAAGGUGAAGUCAUCAACCUUGAGGAACUCAUAAACAAGCUGUCUAAGGUUUAUUUCGACAACGAGUUUUGUCAGUGGAUUAAGAAGAAGGUUCAACGUGACCCAACCGAAGAUGUACCUUACAUGACCCUGUUUGGUGAAGUGGAAAGGGUAUGUGAAAAGUAUGAUCAAUCUGAACUUGUGAAGUACUACGAGGAGAUUUUUAUUAAGUUUACUAAAAGUGUGCCCGUGCUUCGUACUGAGAUGUUACGCCAUGUAUCUAAGAUAAUGGCAGUGCAUCGUAAGAAGCGUUACCAAGAACUUACCGGGGCCGGCUCGAAUCGUCUUCUUUUGGACGCUCCCUCAGGAACUCCAGAUGUACUGGAAAUACAAGAGGUUCACGAGAAAGAAGGCCUUCUCGAUGAAGUGAGGAACCUUAGAGCUGAAUUAAUUGAACUCAAGAGAUCCUCCAAAAGUUCGUCUCGUCAUAAAUCGAAAAAACUGAAGCACAAGGAUAAUGGAUCCGAUGGCUACUCCGUGUCUAAGCAUAAGCAUACUUUCCAUUAA